AUGGCUACAUUAUCAGUGCCUGAUCAGGUUCCUCCUGUGGCCGAAGACUCUGAAAAUCUUCAUAAAGCAAUGCAAGGAUGGGGAGCUGACGGGAAAGCACUCAUAUCCAUAUUGGCUCACCGGAAUGGAAGGCAGCGUUGUUCGAUACGUCAAGCUUAUGCAGAGAAAUAUGGAGAGGUUUUUUCCAAAGAGCUUGAGAAAAAACUUUCCGGUGACUUUCUGAGGUCAAUGCUUGUAUGGACGCCACACCCAGCUGAACGAGAUGCAAUGCUAGCUUAUGAAGCUGUUAUGAAUAAAAAGUCAGAAGCCUAUUUUGUGAUAAUGGAAAUUGGUUGUACAAGAACGUCUCAAGAGCUCUUUGAGGUGAGACAAGACUACCUUGCUCGCUGCAAGAGAUCUCUAGAAGAAGAUGUUGCUUACCGCACGAGUGAAGAAAUCCGAAAGCUGUUAGUUCCUCUUGUUACUAGUUACAGGUAUGAACCUCAGGACGAGACACAGGUGGAUACUGAGAUGGUGAACUCGGAGGCUAAAAUUCUUCAUGAGGUAGUCUCCCACAAGGACUAUGGUCAUGAGGAGCUAAUCAGAAUUCUAACUACUAGGAGCAAGCCACAGUUGAGAGCAACUCUCAAAAGCUAUUACGACCAGUUUGGCAAUCCUAUUAACAAGGACCUCAAGAACAAGCCAAAGGAUGAAUACCUUGCUUUGCUGAGAGCCACCAUAAAAUGCUUGACUUGCCCGGAGAAGUAUUUCGAGAAGACUCUUCGUCUGUCCAUGAAAGGCCUCGGAACUGAUGAAGAGACUCUAACCAGAGUGGUAGCCACUCGAGCCGAGGUUGACAUGAAGCAUAUAAAGGAACAGUACGAGCGGAAGAAUAAUGUUUCUAUGGUUGAUGACAUCAAAGGUGAUACUUCUGGUGACUAUCUGAGGAUCUUGCUUGCCUUAGUCAAUUGA